AUGGGAUACCCUGGAUAUAACUUAUCUCAAUUAUUAGAAAUGUGUUGGAAUCAUAGAGAAACUCGGGAAUGGAGAAAUGAUAUACUUGCAAGAUUCCUCCAUCACCCAAAUUUAACUCCAUCGAAAUAUAGGCCAAAUGCCUUGUAUGAUGCAUUCAGUAAAGCAGAUGCUCUGGGUCCAGAACAUAUACUUGCUAUAAAUGUGAAAAUAUUAGAUCAAGCCAAUCCCCUUGGCACUGUUUCCAAUUUGCCGUUAACUAAUCCCAAGGAGGCCUCCCAAUCAACUGGAAUUUCACCUUUGAUGGGCGAAACAUUCGUCCUAUCUUCACCACCUAUACGGAUACCACCUAUACGGAUGGAAGGGAUCGAGGAUACAGCAACCCAACAAGUCAAAAGUAAUUUGAG